AUGGGGGCCAAGGUCUCCGCUGUGCACGGGGUGAAGUCAGAACAUUUCUACGACCAGGGAAACGCCAUCAACGAGAUCUGGGUCGGAAACGUUGAAAUCAUAUCACGCCUCCCAUUCGGCGAUUCUGAUCAAGAGCAAGCGGGUUGGCCGAAAGGGGGCUGGCCAAAGAUUCCCUGGCACCAGUUUAUUAUUCCACUACGAAAGCGAGGCGAUUAUAUCAUGACUGAAUCCUUCCUCGGCGUCAGGGGCCCUCCACCAGUUGACAACUGGCUGCCGACCCAUGGCUAUCUUGGGAUGUACGCGGGAUUCGAUCAGUCCGUUGCGCUCGCAGUGGGUUCUGUGUUCCUGAUCAUCGGCUGGAACCUCUUCUUAUGCUCUGUCUGCAAGGCGCUCCGUGCUAUCUUUUUACGUGAAGCCCACAACCUCAUGCCUGAACAGCUGCGAAACAUUAUGGACUCUAAAUACCGGCGUUCGCUCCGCCUUCUUGUCAUGAAAUUCCUCUUGGAAUUUGCCUUCAGUGCCGCCUUUGUCGUCCUAGGAAUCCCAGGUGUUGCGACAGGAAGACAGGGGCUCAAUGCUGGCAUGAUGAUUAUUGGGGACCUGACUAUUGUCUUUGUGGUAAUCCUCCUUUUUAAAAUUGGACUUUUGCUUUACCUGGUGUACAGGACCAGACCGCGGACCCGUAUUAGGGACAAUGAAGUUGGCAAAACUGCCAGCAGUACUCGUCUUCCUGGGUCUAUGAGUUAUGAGGAUUUUCAGGCCGCUAUGACGGCUUACGGCGUGGACUUGGCUGUACUGAAGAACGUUGCUGAAUCUAUGGGGCCUGGCGACUAUGGGUUCGUCGUUCUGCAUGUUGGCGACUCAUGUAUGGAGGUAGAGCCUGUGUUGAAGUCUUGA